AUGUCUGUCAUUACAAAGAGUUUACAUGAAAACAAGAAAACCGAUUCUUAUCUAAGUUUUAAUGCAAGUGAAGAACUUGAACGAAUUUCACAUAAGUGGAGUAGUUCAAUACGAGAAAACAUUGCUUUGGAACCUAACCAAAUACGUAAAAUAUUUAUUGUAGAAGUCACAGGAAUUAAAUUAACUGAAGGCGUGGUAUAUCAAAUAAAUACACUUGGUGUGGGAUAUAAACCAUUUCGACGCUCUUUACUAGAAAUAAUUCUCCAAGCAAAGUAA